AUGGUGUACCACAAGCAGCUCGGGGACGAGUGGAGCGCCGCGGCGCGCGACCUGAGGUCUCAGCUGCGCGCAGCUGUGGAGGCGCACUUCGCCAGCAAGCAGCAGCAGCGGGAGCAGCAGCAGGAGCAGCAGCAGCAGAGUGCGCGGGCGCUGCACGUCAUCGGGCGCAGCCACAAGCAGAAGGUCGAGCUGGAUGAGGGCUUUGUGACUGAGCGGCUGCUGGUCAAUGCCAGGGAGCUCGUCUACAAGCAGGUGGAGGGGGCGUUCUCGCAGCCCAACUCGGGCAUCGCCGCCCAGAUGCUCAGCUGGGCGCAGGACGUGACGCGCGGCAGCAGCGACCAUGACAUGCUGGGUGCGCCCUGGGGCCAGCCGUUGGAGCUGUACUGCGGCAACGGGAACUUCACGGUGGCCCUGGCGCCGUGCUUUCGACAGGUCAUUGCCACCGAGGUAUCCAAGGCAUCCGUCGAGGCCGCGCGCUUCAACCUCACCGCCAACGGCGCCGAGAACGUCUUCAUCGCCCGCAUGGCGGCCCACGAGUUCACCGAGACCUGGAAGUCCAAGGGCACGCGCAAUCGCCUCAAGGGGAUGACGCCCUGGGACGAGCUCGAGCUGCGGACGCUCCUGGUGGACCCCCCGCGCGCCGGGCUGGACGACGAGUCGCGGCAGCUGCUCGGCGACUUCUCGAACGUGGUGUACAUCAGCUGCAACCCGGAGACGCUCGCGCGGGACAUGGGGGCGGUGGCGGCGACGCACCGGGUGGCGCGGUUUGCGGUUUUUGACCAGUUCCCUUACACAGACCACGUUGAGUGCGGCGCCUACCUCGUGUGGAGAUGA